AUAUCUGAGAUGAACACCGUCAGAUUUUGAUAUAUCUUAAUUAAUUCCAGUUCAUUUAGAGCAAUUUGGUAAGUCUGAAUCAUAGGCCUAAUACUGAGCUGAAUUGGAACAAAAGGCGAGAUUCAGCACGAGUCUCAGGAUGACAAUUUUAAAACUUUUAUUUAAACUAACAAUAUUUCCCAAUUCAACAUCAGUUAUCGUACCGAAUCUCCCACACCACCAAAAGACAAGGAUAAAAAUAUUACCCUACCCAUUAGUACAAUAAAAUAAAUCGCUGAAGAUAUACAGUAUUAUGUGUUUGCACGUGACCAGUAACCCAGGGGGAAAUUAUUUAAAUGUAACUCCACGGCGAAUAAGGGAUAAAAGCUAAAUAAAUUACACUUAGGAGAUAAAUAAUGUACAGCCUAUUCAAAAGACUUGCAACAGAGGACAGACCCUCCGUACGCGUCGUUCACAGGGAUGUAAUGAUCGCAUCGCUUUGCUUCCUACUCGCUGAUCCCAGAUCAGGGGCUGACUGCGCAGGGAGCGGCAGCUUAGUCGCUCGCAGGGUAGGGAUGAAGAUGGGUGCUGUGCUGGAAACGCAAACCGGCGUGGAUCCAGCUCCACCGUAAAAGCAUUUGGGGGGGACUUCUGCCUGGCCGUCGCAGCGCCGUGACCGUGAUCCGGACGAGGGUAAGGGAAGGAGAAAAGGAACGAGGGAAGAUUGGGAAGGAGGAGCGCUCAGUCCCAGGUGUAGGGAUCCGUGCGUAUCUGACGCAUGUAGGGUCUGGCAUCAGCAGCAUCAAGGUGGACUCUGAGCUCCAUUGGUGGAGGUGUAGGGUCAGAGGGGAGUCAGCCUCGGACCAUCGCGUCUUAUUACCUUUCCAGCUCCGCAUGAUCUAGCUGCCGGACGGCGAUCGGCUUGGCCGCUUUCAUGUUGAAGUCCUCCUGCCAGCCCAUGGCGGAUCCUUCUCGUAGCAUCAUGCACGGCACCUGGUUCACCACCGGCUACAGGGACAGCUCGGCAGUGGAGAAGUCGAAGAAGAAGGCGUUUUAUCUGGUGAAGAUGAAGUCCUUUGGUCACAAGAAAGACUCCACCAGCGCCUCCACCACCACCACAACGACCAACAGCAAUAUGCCCUUCAUGAUUCACUGUCAUAUAGGCAAGGAGAUUAAGCAUAUUUGCAGCAACUGCAGUCGCGGGAAUAACGCGCAGGACGCUGAGGAAGUGGAAAGGCUGGCCGCAAUGCGUUCCGAUUCCCUCGUACCUGGGACCCACACGCCUCCCAUCCGACGGAGGAGCAGGUUCGCCACGCUGGGCCGCCUCCUCAAACCCUGGAAGUGGAGAAAGAAGAAGAGUGAGAAGUUUAAGCAAACAUCAGCCGCCCUGGAGCGUAAGAUGUCCAUGAGGCAGAGCAGGGAGGAGCUGAUCAAGCGAGGUGUCCUGAAGGAGGUCUUCGAGAAAGAUGGCUCUAUCUCGCUGACAAAAGAUGACAGGAAGCUGGAGAACGGGCAAUCGCCCGGACCCUUGGGCGGCACGCUGGAGUGCGACGGGGUUGAUCACGCCUACCGGGGGCUGACCACCCCCGAGCUCAUCGACGGCACGGUGUCUGGAUGGCCCUUUAGCAUUUGCCUGAUGGGAGGGAGACAAACAGCCCCCGGAGAGUACCGUUCUUCCCUAGAAGGCGGAGUCUGUGUCCAGGACUCCGCCCUCAAGCCCACUAUCGUCCUGCCCGCUAAAAAAUGCAGCGAGAGCCAAGAGACUCCCGUCAAGCCGCCGCUGUUCCACAAGCAGCCCCCCGCGCUGCCGCCCAAACCCUUCUCCAGAGUCCCCAACCACAUCACCGAUUUGGGGCAGCCUAUCAAGCUGCCCUGCCUGGGCCCCAAGCUCUCCCCCCCCCUGCCCCCCAAGAAGGUGAUGAUCUGCAUGCCGGCGUCCGGCCUGGAUCCGCCGCUGCCCUCCUUCGCCCAGCGCGUGUCCGCGGCGCCGCCCGCGCCCUACCACGCCAGCCUGCUGCCCACGCCGCUGCCGGGCCACUCGCUGCAGUAUGGCACGCUGCCCAUACCCGUGCGGCCGCCCAGCCGCGUCAUCGAGGAGCUCAACAAGACGCUGGCGCUCACCAUGCAGCGGCUCGAGAGCUCAGCGAUGCACAUGGGCCAGUGCGCCCUACAGGACAGCCGGCCGCUGCCCUCCAUGCUGAUCGAGUGUGAGGACGACAAGGAGAACGUUCCAGACGGCUCGGACUACGAGGACCUGCCCAGCAUGUACAAGGACCAGGAUGAGGAGGAGGACGACGAGGAUGAAGACGAAGACGACUCAAUCUUCACAAGCUCGCUGGCGCUGAAGGUGCUCAGGAAGGACUCUUUGGCCGUCAAGCUGAGCAACCGGCCGUCGCAGCGCGAGCUGGAGGAGAAGAACAUCCUGCCCAUGCAGACGGACGAGGAGCGGCUGGAGAUGCGGCAGCAGAUCGGCACCAAGCUCACGCGGAGGCUGAGUCAGCGCCCCACGGCGGAGGAGCUGGAACAGAGGAACAUCCUGAAACCGAGGAAUGAACAGGAAGAACUGGAAGAGAAGAGGGAGAUUAAGCGGAAGCUGACGAGGAAGCUGAGCCAAAGACCCACCGUGGAGGAGCUGAGGCAGGCCAAGAUCCUGAUCCGCUUCAGCGACUACGUGGAGGUCGCCGAUGCCCAGGACUAUGACCGGCGCGCAGACAAGCCGUGGACGCGGCUCACGGCGGCUGACAAGGCAGCGAUACGGAAGGAGCUCAACGAGUUCAAGAGCACCGAGAUGGAGGUCCAUGAAUCCAGUCGCCAUCUAACCAGGUUAGAGCAUUUGCUGCUCUUUCACAUUAAAAGUCCCUCCGCGUUGUCCAUUUUUAAUUGAGCGCUAUUUCUGUGCUUAUUUUUAACAUGAAGAUGACCGCAGUCGGAUAAAUGAGUCCAGAUAUUUGGCUAGUGAGUGUCAUUAAUGCUAAUGAACACCUACGGGUGCCCUAUGUAAUGUUAUGUCACCCCUGAGGUUCUGCAAAAUGUCUACGUGAGACAGAAGGACAUCCUCCGGCGCGUGUCCCGCUUAAUAGCUGCCAUAAAGCCAUGGAUUACUCACCCGUUAAGCUCUUCUGCUCGUUAAAUACAGCUCACCGGCUCUGUAUCAUCUGUGAAAAGCAGUUUUGUAAUUUUCCAGGUUCCACAGGCCAUAGAACCCCACCUUGGGCAAAAUGCCACACGGGCAUUACCUCCCCGUCACCCCUCAGCUCCUCCCCCCGCCGCCCCCCCCCCCCUAAGAAUCUGAAGUGCUGGAUCUUAAGGUGCCCACGUCGAGGAUGAGGUCCCAUCACUUCUGAACUGCCUUCCAACACCUCGGACCAGCCUGUACUCCCUGUACAGACCUGAUGAUCAGAGGCACAGUCAGACACCCCUGCCACCCUGCUCCUCGCCCCCCACACAGCCUCACCUUGCUUAGAUUAGCAGCUGCACGAAACGCGAUCCCAUCGUACCCACUGCUGAGGUGGCAGGAGCGGAGCCAAGACACCGCCUGGAUACAUCCUGCACUGCAUUACUCCCCCGGCUCUCCCUAGAGACCUAACAGCCUGGAAGCUGUGAGGGUCUGACAAGCUGGGAUUCCUGUGCAAUAGUCCUCUACCUUAACCCGGUACAACGCCCCCUAGUGUCCACUGUGUUCAUCCAUUCAUUGGCAGCACAUUAUUAAAGCUGUGGAGGAUUCUGGAAAACUGCACUGCGCACCUCUGUAAUCCUCUUCCAAACACAAGGGUUGGCUCUCACGGCUGAACCGGUAAUGUCGAUCUACUGCUAACUGUGAAUCAAGUGCAGACAAUGUUUGCAUUUUUUUUAAUGUACAUUAUGUUUAUAUUUAAGUACUAAAAUAUUAUUUAAAGUACUGUGGUGCUUCAGAUUUCCAGCGGGACACUGAAAGGUCACUGUACAAAUACAACAGGAAACAUUAAGUCUCAGUUCAGUGGUUUAUUUGGGCUUUUUUAAUGGAUCUACUUUGUUUUUAAUUUUAUUUGUCAAACUUUUUUUUUUAAAACUUCUGUCAAGGGAUUUUGAAAUCAGUACUGCCUUCUGUAGCUCUGUGGAGUGUGUACCCACGGGACUGAGUCUCGUCCAGGGAUAUUUAAAUUUUAAUUCGUUUAUUUUCACUGCUUCGUUCCGGUUCCCAUUGCGUGUGUCGCUAAUUUUGGAUAACGAUAGCCAGCGAGUGUAGAAAUAUACACAUUGCGUGCCAUCCUCAGUCGAGAGAGACGUUUUUAAAAAUAAUGUUGAAAGCAAUAUGCUGUAAGGCUGUAACGCCAGGGGAGACUUCAUAGCCGUUCCAUUUUCCUACUCAACGCUCAUUUUAACAUCCUUUGGUACAUGCCGUGCGGUUUCCUCACUGGUAUGUCUUACACUGCAUUUAUUUUUACAGAAAAGGACACAGUUUAAGACCAUUUUCCACUCCCAUAAUGGAUUAAUGCACCAGUUUGGUCUUUCGUUUUGAGUGCAUUAUCCUUAAGCUAGCUGCAAUACAGAAAGGUGACAUUGUUUAAUGUAGAUAAGACUGCACAUCUUCACACGUAUAACAAAACGAACUACCAUCCUCCCCCAAUAAGGUUUCUGAUCACUUCUAGUAACCUGAAAGAAACGGUUAAUAGUGAAAUUCAGGAAACUCAAUGAAAUGUAGGAAGUUUUAUUAUAGAUUGACGUGUUUACGGACCCAGAAAGUUAAGUAAAUGCUAAUCAAGAGGGGUCAGAAUUUUCAUGCUGUCCCAUGUGAAGGAUAAUGAUUAAACUGUGUGAGCGCGGCUAUCCUGCGUCCCCCUUGAUGUCUCCAACAACAAGACGAGCUUAAUUCUGUUACAUUAAUCACACUGCUGCGGCUUAAUUCGAUUAUGGACAAAAUGCAUUUGGUACCCUCUGUUCAAGCAACAUGUGAGUUAAAUGUAAUUACAACAUUAAAUGUCAAAUCUAAAAGGUACUGGGAGUGUUAUUUAUGAUGAAGGUUUUUUUUUCGAGCUGGGUAUUUCUGCUGUUUGUCUUUCUGUGCAAACAAUGCACAAUGCAUACAUGUUUAGAGCCGUUAGCGCAACGGAAGAGCCUUGUUGUGUUGUAUUGUUGGAUUAAGGAAUGUGUAUUCAGCAAUAACUAUUUUUGUUUUCUUUUGCUUGAACUCUGGAAGGCGAAUGUUUGUCCCUAGCCACUGUUUCCUGAAAAUAUAGAUAAUUUGCCGCUGUAAUGUAAAGCAUUAUCAUGUCUACAUUAAAUGUUAUGACCUCUUUGCAGUCCUGAUGUUUUCGUAGCACUUCCGUGGAUAAAACAGAUUACGAAACGGCCUUAAUUCCUUCUGUUGUGGUGUAAGUUUUUUUUGUUGUUCCUCAAUGUUUUUCCAUCAGUUUAUCAUUUAAACUAAAGGGAAAUUUCACUGCCUUAAAUAUUUUGUUGUAAUAAACGAUGGGUCCUACUCAUGAUUGCGAUUUACACCAAAAACUCAGUGAAGAAGUGGCGUGAGUGGUCUCUGGAAUUCCAAUCCAUCCCGAUUUAUUCACGGUAUAACCUGCGUACCUGGACUCUCCCGUCCUGUCAAAGCCUUCCUGUACCUGACCGGUCCUUCUAUAGAGCGGUGGGAGGGAAUAAGUUGAGGAAAAGGUCAACAUUUAAUCAGUAUCGAAAACUAUUGUCACAAUGAUUUGGCAUUCAAUAAUUUUUCUUGAACGAAUUUUGGUUAGAAAUGUACCACGAAAUACACUCCGAUCGUAUAAUUUACAAAUGACUUCAAACUAAAUUCCAAAUCGCUAAGAUUUUGAGUGUCCAGAGCACGAGUCGGAUAGAAACGCUAAGAAAGCGGUCAUGCUUCAACAUUGGUGUUUUGCAGGAAUAUCUGACUACUUUGCAGCCCAGUGAUCCCAGUUAAUGAACUUCCAAAUCCCGGAGGAACGUUUUCUCUGUCUCUCACGCUGUUUUAACGCUUCUUGCAUCGCUGAACUUGUUUUGCCGUAUGUCGUCCUGCUUCCUCACGCAGGGAAAGGCGCUGCCCCGUUAAAAAAAGAUAAAAACGAAAAAUUCGUUUGGAAAACGAAAGCUGCCUUUUAGUUUGAUUAGUUAAAAAUCGGUUUGAACCUGCCCAGAAACGUAAAGCUCAACAGUGCGGUAGAUUAAUUUACCGGCAACCAGGGCCGAUUCAGAAGAUGCUUUUAGGCCUACGCGCAUUCUCAAAAUCUCCAGUGAACUUUUGGGUGCCUUGCUGAUGGUAGGUGGUCUACUUCUGAAAUGGGUUUAACUCCAUCGUUUGAAAUAUCGCACCCCCGCCAGCAUACCCCUCAACAUUAUGAAUUAAGAUUAGUUUAAUUAAUCUUGAUACAUACAGGAUGGACUCGAGCAAUAUUUCUCAGAGGGAGGCUGCUAACCUUUUAGCUAUACUGACCUGCUUCUGCAAUCAUCUCCUCUAUAGCUCCAGAAUGGUGUCCCGUUGAGCUCGCGUUUUGUACUUCCAGUCAAACGCUUCCUCUCGCUUUCUCUAGAAAAGCAAAUUGACUUGUUCUGGAGAGCUUCAGAAGCCAGUCCCGCGUGCCCCCCACGUUUCUGGUAUGGGCGUGAGCACAUGUUUGUGAAAUCCAGAAAAUGUGAAGCUUUUAUAUCUUAUGAAGAAACUGAGGGAAAUGAGGUUUACUCAAGCACAAUUUAUACUCAGAAAUUCCCCUCUUUUAAUGUCGUCAUUCUACUUUGCAAUAAGUCGGCUUUUGCGGUUUGGGAUUUUGACACCAAAGGCCGGACGGGAGAACAGAUUCAGCCAAAACUGACUUUUAUGGCUCUGGAAAUAGUAUAAUAACAAUUUGUUUUUUUUUUUUUUUUUUUUUAACUAAAGAGAACUUACUUUGCCCAUGAUUUCAAUGUCUUCAUGUAACACAGACAAUUCAAAAUGUUUAUACGGUUUGUCUCUGAAUGGCGUUAGUGUGGUCGGCUGCUCUGUUGUCAUUUUCGUGUACGAAAUUUGUAAAUAAUAUAAAUUUACCCAUGUCUAAAUAAUGUCAUACUUUUUGUACAGUUGAAAAAAAGCGCAUGUAACCAUGUAACUUAUUUGUUGUGGUGUUUGCAGUUUCUCAUAAAGAAACCUUAUUAAACUCUUCUUUUCCAGUA